AUGGAUACAAGUAACGCGAACUCUGUUAUAUACCAAGUUAAAUUCAUUAUUCUGAUUACUUUACAAAUCCCAGGCAUAUUACUCAUGAUCUUCGUUUUCCUAUUCUUUACCUUAAAUCGCGAUACACUAAAAAAACUUCAAAAUCAAGCACUGUUCAUCUUACUUAUAACUAAUUCGAUAAGAUUAAUAGGCACGAUGCCAAUGCCUAUUGAUUUCUAUCGUCGCGGAUAUAUUUUUCUGGCAACAUCUGCUUAUUGUACAUGUUGGACAUUCCUCGAAUAUUCAUUAGCUGUGAUCGGUGAAUACCUCAUGGCUACUAUUUCUGUUCAACGACAUGUAAUCAUCUUUCACCCAAACAUAUUUCAAACACGUAAGAAAUCUAUUUUGUUCUUUUAUCUACCUUUGGCGUUUUCUGUUGCAUAUCCGAUAAUAUUUUAUGUAUAUGCUGUUAUUUUGUAUCCAUGUGACGGCGCCCAAUGGGACUAUUCAAUCGUUGCCUGUGGUUAUAUGAACUGCUAUUACAAUAACAAUAAACUUGCUGUGUUCGAUUGGGUAGUGCACAAUAUUUUACCAAUUGUAAUUAUCAUUUUGGCUAAUGUAACACUAAUCACGAGAGUUAUUGUUGGAAAACUUCGUCGGAAUCAAGCUAUUCAUUGGCGUCAACAGAGAAACAUGACUUUACGACUAUUGAGCAUAUCCAGUUUGUAUGUAGUUGCAUGGUCACCUACGAUUAUCGUCGGACUUAUUCAACAAGCAACUUCAAUCGACUUUGGAGAUGUUCAAGCAGCUUACAUAACAGAUCUUAUUUAUUUAUCUUGUCUGCUAUUACCUUGGGUAUGUCUUGGCCAAUUACCUGAAUUCAGAAAAUGGAUGUGGAAAUAUAUGCGUUGGAAGCGAGUAGGACACGCUUCCAUUGGUCCAUUGUGA